UCGCCCCUUUGGUCUCAUCGAAAGAUAAAUCCUCGCAGCAUUUCGAGGCAUUCCAUCGAACAGCGAGUGGGCGAGAGAGAAGAAAAACGAUGACGUCGUCAGAAUCCUCGCAGGAAGUUUUCAUCGGCGCGCUCGAUCAAGGGACGACGAGCACUCGAUUUAUCAUCUACAAUAGCGAGGCCAAGCCCAUCGCUUCACAUCAGCUGGAGUUGACCCAGUAUUACCCCGAAGCCGGAUGGGUGGAACAUGAUCCAUAUGAGAUUUUGAAGAGUGUGAGGAUUUGCACUGCGAAGGCGCUCGAAAAGGCCACCGCCGCCGGGUACAACGUCGAAGACGGGCUCAAGGCCAUUGGAAUCACGAACCAGAGGGAGACCAUUGUUAUGUGGAGCAAGUCAACGGGACUUCCUCUGUACAAUGCGAUCGUCUGGAUGGACCUCCGCUGCAACUUAAUCUGCAGGAGUUUGGAGAAGCGUCUGGCUGGUGGAAAAAAACAUUUUUUGGAGACCUGCGGCUUACCUGUCAGCUCCUACUUCAGUGCUCCCAAGAUCCUAUGGAUGAUUGAAAAUUUGUAUGGUGUUAAAGAAGCUAUUCGAACUGGAGAUUGUAUGUUUGGUACUAUUGACACCUGGGUCAUCUGGAAUCUCACAGGUGGUUGUGGUACUCCCUAUGGGGAUAAAUAUGUUCGAGGAUUACAUGUCACUGAUUGCUCAAACGCAUCUCGAACCAUGCUCAUGAACCUUAAGACCCUUGAAUGGGAUAGACCCACAUUAGAGCAAUUGGGGAUUCCCUUUGAAAUCCUUCCAAAAAUUGUUAGUAAUUCUGAACCCAUUGGACUAAUUGCCAAUGGAUGGCCCCUCUCUGGAAUCCCCAUUACCGGAUGCCUUGGCGAUCAACACGCAGCUAUGUUGGGCCAGCUCUGCCUGAAGGGGCAGGCUAAGAGUACUUAUGGAACUGGGGCCUUUAUUCUCCUCCACACUGGUGAGGAGAUCGUUCAAUCAUCGAAUGGACUACUAUCUACGAUUGCGUACAAGCUUGGCCCCGAUGCACCAACUAAGUAUGCGUUGGAAGGCUCUAUUGCAAUCGCUGGCGCUGCAGUUCAGUGGCUUAGGGAUGGUCUUGGGAUUAUCCAGACCGCAUCAGAUAUUGAAGAGUUGGCUGAAACAGUGGUAAAUACAGGAGGGGUGUACUUUGUUCCAGCAUUCAAUGGACUGUUAGCACCAUGGUGGAGGGAUGAUGCUAGAGGUGUAUUGCUUGGCCUUACGAGGUUCACAAAUAAUGGACACAUUGCCCGGGCUGUGCUGGAGAGCUUGUGCUUUCAGGUGAAGGAUGUGCUUGAUUCGAUGCACAAGGAUUUUGACAAUUCAGGUGGAGAUUUCUUACUUCGGGUCGAUGGCGGCGCAACAGUUAAUAAUCUUCUGAUGCAGAUUCAAGCUGAUUUCUUGGGGAGCUUGGUUGUGAGGCCAGCAGACAUAGAAACAACUGCCCGCGGUGCAGCUUAUGCAGCCGGAUUAGCCAUUGGUCUCUGGACCGAAGAGGAAAUCUUCUCAAGCAAAAACGAAGAGAAUUCUACCACUUUCAUCCCCAAUAUGGAUGCAGAGAAACGUAAGAAAAUGUGUGAGGCAUGGUGCGAGGCUGUCUCCAGGUCUUUUAAUCUGGCUUUCCUUUCCUGUUAACUCUUUCACUCUUCGUUUGUCGUACAGCUAAAGCUCUCCAUUUCUUUUUCUAUGUUCUAAAAUAAAAUUCUCUGGUACAUCAUAAGUGUGAUUGACAAAGUUUCUCUUGUGUUGUUAUAUAUAUAAUAUAAUCAAAUGUGAUAUUGGUUUGUGUGGUGCA